UUCUUCUAUAAAUACGCAUUAAACCAAGAACCAACUUCAUAAUAUUUUCAUACAUAUCUAACUCGAAUUCAAGCCCAUGUCCGAAGCUUCUUCUUUGCUAAUUCCCAAAACAAACUCUCCAGUUACAUCUGAAUCAAUGGCAAACAAAUCCCUCACAGGCCUCGAGAGUCUCAUAAAGCUUCUCCCAACAGGAACCCUCUUCAUCUACCUAUUACUCAACCCUGUCCUCACAAACGACGGUGAAUGCUCCACAGCUAAUAAGGUCAUGUCAAGCAUUCUCGUCGCUCUUUGCAGCUUCUCAUGCGUGUUUUCAUGUUUCACCGAUAGUUUCAAAGGCACCGAUGGAUCAAGAAAGUAUGGUAUAGUCACCAAGAACGGUCUUUGGUCUUAUGCGGAUCCAGGAUCCGUGGAUUUGUCUAAGUACAAGCUUAGGAUUGCGGAUUUUGUUCACGCGGUUUUCGUGGUGGCUGUGUUUGGGACGUUGGUGUUGCUUGAUGCUAAUACCGCAAGCUGCUUUUAUCCACGGUUUAGGGAAACGCAGAAGACGUUGGUCAUGGCUUUGCCUCCGGCUGUGGGCGUUGCUUCGGCUGCUAUCUUCGCUAUAUUUCCGAGUAAACGGAAUGGAAUUGGGUACGCUCCAAUUGGUGAGGAGGAGACGACCAAGAAGGGUUCUGACUCUGCAUGAGACGUGUUGUUUCUAAAUUGUUGUCAUCUUGGUCUGAGAUUUGUUGUAGAAUAUAACUAAAGAAAACGAUUGUAUGCUUAAAACAUUUACUUAGUUCUUUGUACCACCGAAUAGGAUAUGCAUGGCAUCUUCUAGUAUAAAUAAAACGUUACCAUAUAAACCAGAGUUUUUUA